UCGCGGGGGGCGGGGCUUGUUCACAGUUAUAUGACAGAGGAAGUGGCUCGGCUGAACCUUGGACCAUAGUAACGCUAAUCAUUUGCAUUUGUUGCAUUCAUAAGUACUCACAGGAAAAGGAAAGCAAGAGUGACACCAUGGCAACAGAGGGUGAGCCCAUGGACUUGGUCAAAGUGCUACACCUUCUGGUGCUCUCUUUCUCCUGGGGCAUGCAGGUCUGGGUCUCCUUCAUAGCAGGUUUUGCAUUGGUGUGGCAGGUAACUCUGCACACAUUUGGCCUGGUGCAGAGUAAACUCUUCCCAGUAUACUUCUACUGUCUGAUUGGCAGCAAUGCUGUCAGCCUAGCUGUGUACGCUGUGUACCACCCCAGAGAGCUGCUGGACUGGCAUGAAAGUGUGCAGAUGUUUCUGUACUUUGUGGCACUGAUCAUGGCAGCUCUGAACGCCAAGUGGUUUGGCCCAGCAGCCACUGAAGUGAUGUUCCAGAUAAGGGAGGUGGAGAAGGAGCAUGGCCUGGGGGACCAGAUUGGCCUGGGCAGCCAGAAAGAGGCUUAUGCUAAGCUCAAAGAGCAGGACCCCAAAUACAGAGCCUACAAGAGCACAUUUGGCCGCUACCACGGAUUGUCCAACCUCUGCAACCUGAUCGGGUUCAUCUGCACCACAACUAAUUUGAUCUACACAGCUCUGAAUUUAUCCAGCAUUUAGAGAUGAGCAGGUUUUAAUCUAUAAAAUAUCUCGCUGUCGAGUUCUGCUGUCAUCGCAAUAUUAAAUGUGAUGUGGCAAAUGUUAUGUCUGUAUGUAUGGACUAAAUAUGCCACCAGUAAAAGUAUAAGUGACAUCAUGUAAAUGUAAUUAUACAUAUUUUGCAUCUCUUUCAUAGCCGCUGGUGGAGCUGCAGCUGUCCCAAGUUUCCUUCAGAGGGAGGAUGCCUUAGUUGCCAUCAGUCUGUUUGGCACUUUUCAUCCUGUCAAUCACGAUGUAAUUAAUGAUGUCUUACAAAAUGGGAUGUAUUUUUGCAUUUGUUUUUGAUAUUUGAUUAUAUUGCUCAUGAUCACACUCCCUGUAGAAUAACAAUUUAUUAGAAAACUUGCAUCAAUCACCAAACCUCAGGUACCGUGUGGACAAUUUACUUGCAUCCCCAGCAGGGGGCAAUGUUUGGACACAAGUGUAUUUAGGGCAGUGGUUCUUUUUCUGGCCUGCCCACCUUCAGAAGGUGGAAAAGGUUUUACAGCCCUCACCCCACAAUUUUUAGCAAUCAUUAACAAUGAUAAGGGAACCAAAACUUAUUAUUAAGUUAGAGAGGUGAGCAUGAUAGCAUAAGCAAACUUUUGUUUGUUUAUUUUCCCUACAUUAAUCAUCAUCAUAUAUCAUAUUAAUUAAACUGAGUCUAGACCGACUCCAUAUUCUUCCCCUGGUCAUCCAUGCGCCAUCUGCAGUGGCUCUAUGCACCACCAGGGGGGCCCGCCUCACAGUUUGAGAACCACUGAUUUAGAGAAAGUUUGUAGCUCCAGCAUAUCAUAGUGCAUUUCAUUUGUAAAAUAUUGUUUUUACAGAUAUUACACAAGAAAUAUACAUUCAAUUUGUCAACAGUAUUGAAUUAAUACUGUGAUUGUGAGAUUAAACAGUUGUUAAUAUCUUCA